GUUCCCUUUCACCACUCAACCUUUGCUUUCCAUAAUUAUACAUCACUACCUUCACUUACAUAGCCCCUUGCAUAUUUCUCGCUCUCUCUAUCUGGCUCUCUCUCUCUCUCUCUCUCUCUUCCUUUCUGUGUGUUAAUUUGUGCUGAAGGAGAAAAGCUCAAUUAGUCCAUAUUGCCUGCAGGUCUUUGUGUGGUGUGGAUGAGGCUUCAUAGCUCCGGAUGCAGCAACAGUAAUCAAGACUGUUAAGGUCUCCAUUACUCUGAGUUAAUAGCGAAGAUACAUGGAACCAUCCAGCCCCUGUCCAUCUUCUUCCACCAGAAUCCAAACCGAAUUAACCAUGAAUUCACCCAAAACAAAUCAAUCAUCUGAAAACAACUCUAAUGUCGCAAGCCAAAUAGCUUCCAGCAUCUCAUUUCAAGACUACUCCCCCUCAAACACAGCCCACACUCCCCUUUCCAUGCGGCUCCCCCUCUCCCUCUCCCUCUCCAUCAACAAUGGCUCCUCCUCCUCCCUACUUUCCCCCUCCAGCACAGUUGAAAGCAGCAGCGAUGCCCAUCAACCAAAAGUCUUCACCUGCAACUACUGCCUUCGCAAGUUCUUCAGCUCCCAAGCUCUCGGUGGCCACCAAAACGCCCAUAAGAGGGAGAGAACCAUUGCAAAGCGCGCAAAUGCAGCUAAACAGUUCCCUCAUACUGCUCUGGGUUCCGUUGGUUUACAGUGCCAUGGCUCGUUGCAUCAUGGUUUCUGGGGAAGGGAGGAGGUAAGGAGGAGUACCAGGUUUCAGCAAGGUUUGUUUGGGGGAGUUUCUUCGUUCAUGGAGGAAGAGGAGGUGGGCGUGCAUUGGCCUGGGAGUUUCAGACAGAAAGUGGUUACUGGCUUUGAGCUGGUUAGUGGUUCUGAGUUGAAUUAUAGAGCAAAGGAUGCAGGGGAGGUUGAUGAACCUGAUCUUACUCUAAGGCUCUGAAAGAAGCUGAAGCCAUUCUAGUGCAGAGCUUAUGGAUUGAUUUGCUUUGGAGGUUUUCAAGCUCUGGUUUGUUCUUUGCAUUGCUGUUGCGCCUAAAAUUGUUUGUGGAUAGCAAGUCUGGAGAUUGAUGCUAACUUUAGUUGGGAUAUAUUGCUUUGUGUUUGUAAUUUAUAUUGAGUGGUAAUUGUAAAAUAGCUGAUAUUUUUUU